UCGGCUCGGCCCCCAUAUGACGCCCCACUUAGGCCGCUAGGGCAGCGCAUCCGCCACUGGCCGGUGGCGGUGACGAAAAGGGGCUGAUGUCAGUGCGGCCACACGGCGGCGUACGCUCGGAUCAGCAGUGGCAGUGGCAGCAGCGGCAGAGGCAGCGGCAGAGGCGACUCGUCGGAUGCGCGUACGCGACAUCGCACGCAUCGUAUCGCGAGCGCGAGCGAGGCGAGGGCGAGGGCGAGCGAGACCGAGACUCCCGGCGACGACGAGUACGAGGGCAGCGUCAGUGGCAGCAGCGACGACGACGGUGAUGCACGGCGGCGGCCGCGAGAUCGGAGUAGUGGCGCGCGGUGGUGGCGUGGUGGCGCGUUAUUACGGCGACGACGAGGACGACGCAUCUGGCGCGCGCGAUCGUGGCUGCCGACGCGUCGGUCGUUCCGUGGCGCGGCUCGUGGAAUAAUGCGUGUUAGGCGCGACGACGACGUUACGACGAGGCGCCGUACGACUCGUACGAGACGACGACGGUACGACGGUGCGUGUGGGCCAGCGUGCGGCCAGCGACGACGCGUACUACUACUACUCCUACCAUCACCGCAGCAACGCAGUUAUGUACGCGUACGGUUCCGAGAUCACGUAGUGUCGGGCGUGUACGUAUGUUGUCAUCAUCGUCGCGCGGCGCGCCCUGCGUAGCUUCACGGUGAAAAUCUGGCGUGAACGGUUCCGCGGUGGAACGGGGAAUAUGGCGUCGGUCUCGGCCGAGACUCCAGCCAGCCAUGGGCACAGCUUCAGUAAGAAAACCUUUCACAAGCCGACGUACUGCCAUAGCUGCACGGACAUGCUCUGGGGCCUCAUACAGCAGGGGUACAUCUGCGAAGUGUGUAACUUCGUGGUGCACGACCGCUGUCUCAAGGCCGUCGUCUCUCCCUGCUCCAGCAUCGCGGCAAGCCUGAUUAAGAACCCGGUUGCACACUGUUGGUCCGAACAAGUACAUCGCAAAAGGAAAUUCUGCAACGUCUGUCGGAAACGAUUGGAUGAUAAUCUAUGCAUACACUGUGAAAUAUGCGAGUACUUCGUGCACGUAGAAUGCCAAGACUUCGCGGUGGCAGACUGCAAGGAGAAUGUCACAUACAUACCUGGGAAGGAUCUGUCAGCAGUGAGGCACACUCAUCAUUGGCGGGAAGGCAAUCUUCCGAGCAGCUCGAAAUGUGCCGUAUGCAAGAAGAGUUGUUUUACUGCCGAGUGCCUUGCCGGGUUUCGUUGCGAGUGGUGUGGCAUGACGUCGCACGCGUAUUGUUACAAGAAUAUUCCCCAAGAAUGCACCUUUGGUAACUUGGAACCAAUAUACCUGCCGCCACAUGCAGUUAGUAUUCCGCGUACCGAAGUUCCCAUGGAAGCCAUCAUUGGAGUAGAAGUGCGUCGUAAAGAAGUGCUGGCGCGUGAGUAUUCUUUCCAUAACAUCGGAGAGCAAUUCGAUUUCGCUGAGAGUGAACAAAACGGGGCUGCAGGCCGCCUAGCCGAAGCUUUGAGGCGUCUUUCGCUAGUUUUGCCACGUAGCUGCCAUGGAAAUUGUCAUGCUUCCCCUCCUUAUGUUCGAGCGCGGAGCAUAUCAGAAGAAUUUGGUAGCGAUCCAAGGUAUCGUGACAAUGGAGAACCGACACAGGGUGCAGCGCAUGGCCGUGAUCCGCGUUCUCCUAAAGAGAAAGAAGACAAAGAAAGAGGUGACGAAGAGAUGAUUAAGGUGUACGAUGGCAACAAUUCCUUGAGGCGGAGAAUAUUUCGAGUAAUUUCGGUACCUAGGCAGGCUACGAUAGAGCAGUUUCUCACAUCGGCACUGCGUGCAUUUCACAUCACGAAAGAUCCUAGCAACUUUUACUUAACUGACCUGUAUGCUGAGGAGGAAACUGAGUUAUGUGACUCAACGCCUGUUUUAAAUUUAAAUCGCAAAGAAGGCAAACGUCCGGCUGUGUUCUUGCGAUUUAGAGAUAACGACAGCGGAGAAGUACGAGUUUAUCCCGGCAGAUUGCAGGUAUCAGAGUCAUUCUGUAUAGUACCUGUCACCGAAGCAACAACCGUCGCAGACUUAAUAAACGAGGCACUGGAAAAGUUUGGCUUACAAAAUUUUAACUGUGAUGACUUUAGGUGCAGUGAAAUUCUUUUAGACCGUGGUGUAACGGAAAGAGUUUGUUCCUGGGAUGAAAGACCCUGGGAUAUCAUUAAAAAGCUGGGAAAAGAUUCUAUUAGACAAAUGGAACUGAUGCGGUUUUAUCUACAACUAAAGCAAGAUCCCCAUGGACCUAAUUUGGCUUUAUUCGUGGGCAACCUACCACAAAAUCUUUCUGAAAGAAGUUACGAAAACAUGUUAACAGAAUUUUUAGGAAAAGAAAAUAGGUUUUCAUCAAUUGGCCCAAUUUAUUACGAAUAUGGUUCAGUGGUUAUCAUAUAUGAAGAUCAGGAUACAGCGGUUAGAGCACUAUACACGUUGCGAGAGACAAAAUGUGAAGACAAACUUCUUUUAGUAAUGAUUUUACCGAGUAUCGAGCCAAGUAUGAUACCAACGGGCGUUCAACCGCUGCUCGUGUUUGUAAAUGUAAAAUCUGGUGGUUGCCAAGGACUCCAGCUAAUUACUAGUUUUCGUAAACUAUUAAAUCCUUAUCAAGUGUUCGAUCUUGAUAAUGGCGGACCCCUCCCCGGACUUUACGUUUUCCGUCACAUAAAGGACUACAAAAUAUUAGUUUGUGGUGGUGAUGGAACGAUAGGUUGGGUAUUACAAUGUUUAGAUAAUGUUGGUCAGGAUAGCCAAUGUUCUUCUCCCGCUUGCGCUAUUGUACCUUUGGGAACGGGAAACGACCUUGCUCGCGUACUAUGUUGGGGUUCAGGCUACACGGGUGACGAAGAUCCACUAAACUUGUUGCGAGACGUUAUCGAUGCGGAAGAAAUAAUAUUGGAUAGGUGGACCGUAGUUUUUCAUCCAGAUGAGAAGGAAACAACUCAAGUAGUUUGUAACGCUGCAGGUAAGAGAGGCGCAGCCUCUCAGCAAGUAGCAUCGCGCCAUUUGCAUAUUACAGGCUCUGGUACAACUAGCGAAGACAAUACGCAAAUAUACGUAAUGAAUAAUUAUUUUGGCAUUGGCAUCGAUGCAGAUUUGUGUCUGGACUUUCAUAACGCGAGAGAGGAAAAUCCUAACAAGUUCAAAAGCAGAUUACGAAAUAAAGGCGUGUAUGUAACGAUGGGUUUGCGUAAAAUGGUCAGGCGUAAACCGUGCAAAGAUUUACAUAAAGAAAUUCGAUUAGAAGUAGACGGCAAAUUGGUCGAGUUACCACAAGUGGAAGGAAUAAUAAUUCUGAACAUUUUAAGUUGGGGUUCUGGUGCUAAUCCUUGGGGACCAGAUACCAAAGAAGAUCAAUUUUAUACACCAAAUCAUUGGGAUGGCAUGUUGGAAGUUGUCGGGGUCACAGGCGUUAUGCAUCUUGGACAAAUACAGUCGGGUUUACGUACGGCUAUGAGGAUAGCGCAGGGCGGGCACAUAAAAAUUCACUUAAACUCAGACAUACCUGUACAAGUAGACGGUGAACCGUGGGUUCAGAGUCCGGGAGACAUCGUGGUCUUGAAAUCAGCACUCAAGGCUACGAUGCUGAAGAAGACUAAGGGUAAAAUGAAGCGGCGUAACACGGAAUCCAGCAUGCAGUUGGCGCUUCAGGCUGCACCAUCGAGCGAUCCGGACGAAGAUAUCUUCUGAGUGAACAAACAUUAUGUGAAAGUGAUCGAACACGUUGACGCGGUAGACGCAGGGCACGUAGCCACGUUAUAGAGAACUUGAUCGACUAGCGUACGUAACAAAAAAACAAAAUCGGCCUCGAAAUCGUCCGACGGCGUUCGCGCUGUACGAACUUAACAUAAGUACUUACAACUUACAACGCGAAGAAAAAAAAAACACUCGUGGAAGCAGGAGGGGACGGAUAGAUAAGGUUUUCAGAUACACGGACACACAUAUAAUACAGCAUAAAGAUCCAUUAUCGACUCAAUGAUUCUUAAUGUUUGUUCUUACAUUAAUAGAAAAUGAAACUAGAUCUCAUUUUUAAAUGUUAAAUAAUUCUAGCACCAUACGUAGCUCUUAUCGAUCGAUAUUUUUUUAGUAAAAUUAUAAUAGAUUUUAACACAGUAACACACGUUACCACACAUACACGUACAUUAACCAGCAGUAACGAAAGGAAAAGUUGGACACGCUUACGCGUGCUUACGACUACGUUGUUUUCCAUUUACGUUUCAAGCUUGGUAAUCGGGGACGAGGGAAGGAGAUCGUAGUGCAUAUUACGUUUCGUAUGGUAUUCUACCGAUCUAUUGCAGUAUUACGAUACGAAACGUGUGUAUCGCAUGAUAUAGAAACACAGACCGUCAGUUGUUAAUAAUAUAUUAUAUAUAUAUAUACAUAUAUAUAUAUAUAUAAAGAAUAUUUAUGAUUAAAUAUUAAUAUAUUUACAUAAUAUUGUAUUAGUAUUACGGUAUUAAGUUGUGAUAAUUGUUAUGUAUGUCUGACUGCUGGGCAGUCUGGAAUUCGCUGAGAACCAGUGGCAGUCAGUUUUUUUCUAGGAUACGGUUAAGAAGAAGGUAAAAAAAAAAGAAGAAAAUUAAUGUAAACUUUCGUAAACGAUAAGACCGCAUUGCGGGCUAAGCGCUUUGCCGAUCCGUCUCCGCGGCGAGGAAUGUAAUGGCGCGAUCCCAUGGUACACGGAACGUAUGUGUAAUGCGGAAUUGUGACGGAACGAAGUCCGUCCGCGGACAUUCCGCUGCCGAAAUGUGUUUUCUUAACGUCCCAUGAAGCGGAACUCGCGGAAGCGCAAUUGGCGCAUGUCUCUCAGUCACAAGAUUCCUUCCCACAGAUUCCUUCAUUAUGUAUAUCUAUCGGAACAGUGUAUAUAUAUUAUUGACACGCACACAUACUGCGCUUUCGCGUUUUCCUCUACAUGGAACAAUUGGAAAAUACAUUUUAGCGGAGCGCAAUUGGCGGAAUAUCUGCGAAAUACGAAACUUAUGCGAAUCGGUAUCACACACAUCAUGAAUUCCAUUCACCCGUCAAUGGAAUUCAUGAAUGUGACGGGUGAAUGUCAGCCUAUGAAACUGUCAACAAUUGCUAACGUUCAACAAUAUAAAUUCUGAAAAAUUGUUUGUCAUUUGCGGGUUAUUGUAUAUAAAUUGAAACAAAGUUGGUGUGUGCUUAAAAAGCAGGAAUUACGCCGUAAAAAAUUGUAAAGUUAUGCUCAUUAUAUAUAAUCGCGAAAAGAAAUAAAAAUAAAAAAUAACGAAACUAUUGGAUGCGAUCUAUAUAUUUAGCAUGGAAAAAAUAUUAUUAUAAGGGGCAAGUGAGAAUCUUGUGAAGAAAAUGCUGGCCCCGAAGAUAGGGAAAUAUAUGCGGAUUAUAAUUUUAGAAUGGCACCUCAAUUAUUUGAAGCAUUAUUAACAUUGGUCGAACUAGUCAUUGUUAAACAUGAUUGUACGUUGUUCGCGAACCUAUUUCACUUUGCACUCGGCUCCAGAUUGUAGUUCCGUACAAUCAUCGCGGAUAAAAUAUAAACUUGUGGAUAUAGAAAUUGGCGGAACGUACGUAAAAAAAAAACGGUCGAACUAAUUACGAGCGUUCCGUAUCAUGGGAUCGCGCCAAAAGCGAACGAAAGGAAUCGCGUUACACAAAAUGUCAAGAGAGUCGGAUUGGCAAUGUACUGACACCACCUCACUGGCUCUGACAGGCUCCUGUAAACGACGAAAGCUCGGUGAUGCCGCACACAUUCCACUGUAACACGAAGCGGCGGAAAGGGGUGGAAACGCGAAGAGAUAUAUGUAUAUUUAUAAACCAUGCCAAAAAAGGAAAGACGAGGGAGAGACGGAGGGCAAUUGGGGCGUUCGUGACGGGCGACGAACCACGGGGACAGAUCUGUUCUUCUUCGAGAGAGAUGCUUUAAACAAACGGACUGUUUUCUCGAGCUUCCAAGGUCCUCGAUCCUUGGUGUACCGGCGCGCACGAGUCAUCGAGUGCUAUCAUUGAUCACCGAGCGAUCGCCGAGACGAGUAACGACAAAAAAAAA